AUGGAUAAUCCGGGAGCUUCCAGCAUCCAAAAAUUCGACACCAGUGAUACUUCCACCGUAUCCUGCCGGUGGAAAAAGUGGAAACGGAGUUUUGACAUCUUCUUGGAUGUCAACAAUGUGACCAAUCCAGCCCGCAAGCGGUCCUACUUGCUGCACUAUGCGGGUAGUGAGGUGCAAGACAUUUUCUUCAACCUACGAGGCGAGAACGAAGUCGUAGUACCAGCUGGCUCGGAUGUCUUCCAGGAGUCAGUGAAGCUGCUUGAUGGAUAUUUUCUUCCUCUAAAAUGUUUGCCGAGGGAGAGGCACAUCUUCCGGAAUCUGGAACAGGGUCCAGAGGAGUCCAUCGAAAAAUUCGUUUUGCGUUUACGAGAACAAGGCAGCCUUUGUGAGUAUGGCAACUGUCUCGAGGAAAACAUCAAGGAACAGAUUUUCGAGAAAGGAUACUCGGACGAGUUGCGCGCGAAGAUCCUGACCAAAGGCAACUUGACACUGGCGCAAACUGUGGACGAAGGCCGUUCUCUGGAAACCAUAGCGAAGCACCGUAAAAAUCUCCAGCGGAGCGAGGAAGUUAAUCGGAUUGCGAAAUCGAAGGGGGAGUGUUACCGGUGCGGUCGUGCAGGGCACUAUGCCAAUGAUGAUGACUGCCCAGCCCGGGAUAAGAAGUGUGAAAAGUGUCACCUCGUCGGGCACUUCAAACGAUGCUGCAAAACAAAGGACUCAGGAGCGCGAAAAAGCAAGGAUGGAAAUAUGGAGAAACGACGCAAGAAGAAGCUGAGACAAGUGGUUGCUGAUGAAUCCGGUAGUGAGGAGAGUGAGGACAAUUAUGACGAGACGGACGACGAAAGUGUUCACUACGUGUUUGCGAUGAACUCUGAUGGCAGCAAUAGUGCUUCGUGUAAGGUUGGGGGAGUGCAGAUUGACUGGAUGAUCGAUUCAGGCGCCGGCGCAAAUGUGAUUAGUGCUGAUGCCUGGGAGUACCUGAAGAGCAGAAAAGUUAAAGUGGAAUUUCAAACUGGCACUGUUGCCAAGAAACUGUUCACCUACGGCGGUCACAAACUUUCCAUCAAAGGAAUGUUCAUCGCAGAGAUUUCCACUAAAGAGUCUUCUAUCAGCGACAAGAUUUAUGUUGUGGAGGAGGGAGGCGCGAAUCUUCUUGGGAAGAAAGCAGCAACAAAGCUUGGAAUCCUGAGAAUCGAUACGUCUGUGUGCACUGUACGUUCUGAUGACGAGAGGAUCGGUAAGGUAAAAGAUGUGGUUGUGUCUGUCCAAGUGGAUCCUACGGUGAAACCGGUACAACACACUCAGAGUCGUGUUCCAAUUCCGCUGCAAGCUAAAGUGGAGAAAGAAUUGGAAAAACUGCUCAAGCACGAUAUAAUUGAACCGGCUCCUCGUGACUCACCGUGGAUAUCGCGUUUGGUUGUUCGACCGAAAGCUGGGAAUCCUGAGGAGAUACGCAUCUGCGUUGAUAUGCGUGACGCCAAUAAAGCAAUCGUUCCCCAGCACCACCCUCUACCAACAUUCGACGACAUCAUUCCUCAUUUGCAUAACUGCAAAUACUUCUCGAAAAUUGAUCUCAACAAGGCGUUUCACCAGGUCGAGCUUGCGGAGGAAUCCAGGGUGAUCACAACCUUCGCUUCGCACAAUGGCUACUUCCGGUACAAAAGACUUACUUUCGGAAUGAACUGUGCGUCGGAGGUUUUCCAAAAUAUCAUGGAGCGAGUUCUUGUCGGGAUCAAAGGAGUGAAAGUUUUCAUCGACGAUAUUCUCGUAUUUGGACGGAACAAGGCAGAGCACGACCAAGCAUUGCAAGCCGUCAUCGAUCGGCUGAAGGAGCACGGGAUAACGAUAAAUGAAAAGAAGUGUGAAUUCGGGCGUCAGGAGGUUAGUUUCAUGGGCCAUCGGUUGAGCAGCGAAGGAAUCAGCCCAGCAGAAGAGAAGGUGGAUGCCAUUCGGCGUUGUCGUAAUCCGGAAACGAUCGAAGAACUCAGGAGCUUCCUCGGCCUCAUCAAUUAUCUCGGUAAGUUUAUACCAAACCUUUCUACAUUGACUGCGCCCCUAAGGGAGCUGUUACACAAAGAUGCUCGCUUCAAAUGGGAGCGGAAGCACACCGUUGCUUUCGAAGCCGUGAAGAAUGUAUUAGCAGAUUCCCGAAACCUCGGAUACUACUCACCGCAAGACGAGACUAUCCUGAUAGCGGAUGCAAGUCCGGUCGGAAUUGGAGCCGUGCUGUUGCAGGAGAAAAACGGCACAAAGAGGGCAAUCUGCUACAUUAGUAAGGGCUUGUCAGCAGCUGAAAGGGCGUAUGCGCAGAAUGAGAGAGAGGCAUUGGCUCUCGUGUGGGCAACAGAGCGACUGGAACCGUACCUGCGAGGAUUGGAGUUUAAGCUUGUCACCGAUCACGAGCCAUUGAAGGUGAUAUUUGGUUCUAAACGAAAGCAGUGUUCACGAAUCGAACGUUGGGCAUUGCGGCUCCAAUCGUUCCGGUUCAAAAUCGUGCACGUCUCUGGAAAAGCCAACAUAGCUGAUCCAUUGUCUAGACUACCGAGGUUUGAAGAGUGUUCCACAUAUGAUCAGAAUGGAGAAUCGAUGCUGCUUUCCGUUUUGGAGUCUUCUGCACCUGCGGCAAUGACUAUCGAGGAACUGGUUGGCGAAACGGUAAGGGAUAGUGAGCUUGCUGCAGUAAAGGAGGCGCUGAACACUGGUCGAUGGACGGAUGAGCUGAAGCAUUAUUUGCCGUUUCGAGAAGAACUUGGAGUUGUAAACGACGUCGUUAUGAGAAAUGACCGAAUUUUGGUACCGAUGAAUCUACGCAAGCGGGUACUGAAACUGGCACACAUUGGACACCCUGGGAUUGACAAGACGAAACAACGAAUCCGCAGCAAAGUAUGGUGGCCGAAUGUCGACAAAGAAGCGGAAAAGGUUGUUAGAUCGUGUUUGGACUGUCAGUUGGUCAGCAAGUCUUCGCCACCAGAACCUAUGGCUGUACGUGAGCUUCCGCAGCAGCCAUGGCAUGUGCUGGCCAUAGAUAUGCUGGGUCCACUUCCUUCGGGUGAUUCAAUUUUGGUUGUGGUAGACUUAUACAGUCGUUAUCGCAUAACUGAAGUUCUUCGAACAACCACCACCGAGGACAUUAUUGAGAAAUUGGGUAAAGCGUUCAUGACGAUGGGACUUCCAGCAGUGCUGGUCUCAGACAAUGCGCGAAACUUUUCUAGCCGUAAAAUGGAAGAGUUUUGCACUCUGUUUGGUAUCGAAUUGCGCCACACUACCCCGUAUUGGCCUCAAAGUAAUGGGGAAGUGGAGCGCCAAAACCGCUCCAUACUUAAGACACUCAGGAUCGCUGAACUGAAUGGAACUGAUUGGAAAAAGGACUUGCAAGAAGCCAAUUACGUUUAUUCCAUGUUGCGUCAUCCAGCUACCGGUCGUUCGCCAGCCGAGUUAGUUUUCGGUAGAAAACUGCGAGAUUGGAUCCCUCAGCUAACGGAUACCUUUGAUGAAGAUGGUGACAUCCGCGAUCGCGACCAGGUGUACAAGCAAACAGCGAAAACAUACUAUGACGCCAGGCACAAUGCUCAACAGUCGGAUCUUCAGGUUCAGGAUCGAGUCUUGAUGCGGAAUCUACUGCCGCAGAAUAAGUUAUCAUCGAUGUUCAUCCCUGAGCCAGCAACCGUGGUGGAGAAACAAGGAAAUAGCGUUACGGUUGAAACAAGUAGUGGUCGACGAUACCGGAGGAAUUCUGCGCACCUCAAGAAGCUGAUCGACAACCGUGAAGAUGUGAGCAUCCAAGAAAAUACAUCAGGCGAACCAAGCUGCAAUGAAUGGGCAACACCAAGUUCAACUUCGGGACUGAGUGCCAGCACACCGAUCCCUGUGACGGAUGUUCGUGAUGCGGCAAUCGCUCGUCCAAGGCGAGAAACGAAGCGUCCUUUGCGCUUUGAGGAUUAUGAUAUGAAUGUAUGA